GAGAGGAGAGGCAGUGAAAGAGGAAGGGGGGCGUGCUGCUGGUGGGGGUGCUUGGAUAGAGCCUCCAUCCCUUUAUUAAUUUUAUUCCGCUCCGCUAAGUUUAGCAUUCAACACGUGUCGCCAGUGAUGGAGGGAGGGGGGAGAAAGAGGGAGAGAGAGAGAGGUUGACGGUUGCUAGGCGACGGGGCGCAUAUACUGAAUUUUAACCAAAGAACAGGCAAAGAGGGAGAGAGAGAGUGUGUGAGAGUGGGGGGGGAGCGAGAGAGAGAGAGGGAGAGAACGAAAGAGGGAGGACGAGAGAGAGAGAGGGAGAGAGAGAGAGAGGGGGAGAGAGAUCGGUGGAUACAUGUCGAACAUAUAUGUAUGUUUUGAGAGAUAUUUUCCCGGCGUCUCUCUGCGUGUGCGUGCGUGUGUGAGAAUGUGUGUGUGUGAGUGAGUGUGUGUGAGGAGCCCGGGGGGGGGGGACACACGCGCGCGCUCACACACACACACUCACGCACGCAAAAACGGAUACCUCAAAACGGAAGGAUGUGAAAAAGGAUGGAGGGACGCAGGGAAAGAGGGGGGAAAGGCUGGUGAAAAACAGCACCCUCUCUUUGUGCCGUACGUGUCUGCCUCCCCCCUCGGCGGGUUGCCAUGGUGGCCAUACCGACUCUCUCUCUCCUCCUGGUGCUGGCGGAGUGGAGAGGCCCGGCGGACGCCUCCCCGCAUCUGCUGCUGCGGCCCAGCCCGCGGGAGCGCGAGGCGGGGGCAAUGAUGAACUUCAACAUCGCCGUCAUCCACGCUGGCGCCACCGUGCAAGCCGAGGCGGCCCUGGCCGGGCUGGCGGGACGGGCGCUGUACCCCGGCUUCGGCCGGGUGUACGGCUCUCUGGGGGAGAGCGUGGUCACCCAGUGGGGCUCCGCCAACGUCAUCUGGCUACAGGUGAACGACAGCAGCCCUAAGACGGUGCUGUCCCAGCUGUGUGAGCUGCUGGCUGCGCGGCCCCUACAGGGUCUGGUCUAUGAAGAGGAGAGGCCCCCGCGCACGGCCUGGGGUCCGCUGGCCCCCAUGCUGGAGUUUGUGUCGGCGCAAACGGGACUGCCCAUAGUGGCUGUAGGAGGGGGAGCGGGGCUGGGGAGGAUGCCACAGGAAUCGGGUUCCAUCUUUCUCCAGUUCAGCUCCUCCACGGCCCUCCAACUGGAGGUCAUAUUUGAGGUGUUGGAGGAAUACGACUGGACCGCCUUCUCCGUGGUGUCCACGCGUCAUCACGGUUACCAGGAGUUCCUGUCGGUGGUGGAGGGCCUGACGGACGGCUCGUUCAUCGGCUGGGAGAAGAAGAGCGUGGUCGUCCUGAACGUGACAGACGACCCCGGCGGAGCGCGCACACGCAGGCUGCUGAAGGAGAACGAGGCGCAGGUCCGCCUGCUGUACUGCUCCCAGGAGGAGGCCGAGUUGGUCUUUCGAGCGGCCUGGGCGGCGGGUCAGGCCGGCGCCUCGCACAUGUGGUUCGCUGUGGGCCCGGCGCUCUCAGGUUUAGGCACGGAGAGCCUCCCCAGGGCUCUGUUUGCCGUGCGGCCGCAGGGAUGGAAGGACGAACCCCGCCGGAGGAUCGCCCGAGGCGUGUCGGUGCUGACGCACGGCGCCGUGGCUAUGCGCAAGGAUUACGGGACCACGGGCGGGCCCAAUUUUGUCACCAAUUGCGCAACGGAUGCCAAUCAGACCCAGAGAAUGCGGGGCAGGAUGAGGUACUUCAGCAACAUCACGCUGGGUGGCCGAGAUUACUCCUUCGACGCUGACGGAUACCUGGCCAACCCCUUCCUGGAUGUCAUUUCCUGGACACCUGGGACUGGAUGGGAAGAUGUAGGCUCGUGGGAGAACGGCGUCCUGAGACUGCGCUACCCGGCCUGGUCCCGCUACGGGCCUUUCCUCAAACCUCCGGAUGACGCACAGCACUUGCACGUGGUCACGCUGGAGGAACGUCCGUUCGUCAUUGUGGAGCUGGCCGACGCGGCGUCCGGAACUUGCAUCCGAGACUCUGUGCCCUGCCGGCGGCCCCUCAAUGUCAGCGCUAAUCACGAGGGAGCGGCUCCCGUCAAGCAAUGCUGCAAGGGCUUCUGCAUCGACAUCCUCAAGAGAUUGGCCAAGAUCGUCGGCUUCACCUACGACCUUUACCUCGUGACCAACGGGAAGCACGGCAAGAAAAUCGAUGGCGUUUGGAACGGCAUGAUCGGAGAGGUGGUGUACAAACGGGCGGACAUGGCCAUUGGCUCUCUGACUAUCAACGAGGAGAGGUCCGAGGUUGUGGAUUUCUCCGUCCCUUUUGUGGAAACGGGGAUCAGUGUCAUGGUCUCCCGUAGCAAUGGAACUGUAUCACCAUCUGCUUUCCUAGAGCCGUACAGCCCAGCAGUGUGGGUGAUGAUGUUCGUCAUGUGCCUGACCGUAGUGGCUGUGACUGUCUUCAUCUUUGAGUUCUUCAGUCCCGUGGGCUACAACCGCAGUCUCCAAAAUGGCAAGAAGGCCGGAGGCUCGACUUUCACCAUCGGAAAAUCUGUGUGGCUUUUAUGGGCCAUUGUCUUCAAUAACUCGGUGCCGGUGGAGAACCCCAGAGGAACGACGAGCAAGAUCAUGGUGCUGAUCUGGGCCUUUUUCGCUGUCAUCUUCUUGGCCUCGUACACCGCCAACCUGGCAGCCUUCAUGAUCCAGGAGGAGUACAUCGACACUGUGUCGGGGCUCUCGGACAAGAAGUUUCAGCAUCCCGAGGAGCAGUACCCACCACUGAAGUUUGGCACCGUGCCCAACGGCAGCACGGAAAAAAACAUCCGCUCCAACUACCCGGACAUGCACCAGUACAUGGGCAAAUAUAACCAGAGAGGAGUGGAAGACGCCAUUCUCAACCUCAAGACCGGGAAACUGGAUGCUUUUAUUUACGAUGCUGCGGUAUUGAACUACAUGGCCAGGAAGGACGAAGGUUGUAAGGUGAUGACCAUAGGCUCGGGGAAGGUUUUUGCCACCACAGGCUACGGUAUCGCCCUGCACAAAAAUUCACGCUGGAAACGUCCUCUUGACCUGGCCCUUCUGCAGCUGGUGGGAGAUGAUGAAAUUGAAAUGCUGGAGCGCCUUUGGCUGUCAGGUAUCUGCCAUAAUGACAAAAUUGAGGUGAUGAGCAGUAAGCUAGAUAUUGACAACAUGGCUGGGGUCUUCUACAUGCUUCUGGUGGCUAUGGGCCUCAGCCUACUGGUGUUUGCCUGGGAGCACUUGGUCUACUGGAAGUUGCGCCAUUGCAUGGCCACCAGCUCAGGCAAACUGGAUUUCCUUCUAGCCAUCAGCAGGGGCAUGUAUAGCUGCUGUAGCUUUGAAGAUGAAACCGCACCAGGGGGUGCUAAAUCAUUGACUUCUCAUCACCAUACGGCGAUGGUUUCUGUCCCAUCCCAAGCGCACGUUAUCUCGACGUCAAUGACCAGCCCGGCUAUUGUCAUAGCCCAGCAGCAGCAGCAGCAGCAAACGCCGCAGCAGCAAGUGCAGUCAGUGUACAAGACACCUCUACCUGGCUCUCCUCCCACCGUGGUGCGUUCAGGAACAGCAGUGGGUCCUUCCAGCACCCCCAUUGCCGGCGCACCCCUCCCUUGCUCCACCUUCCUGCCCCGGCCAGAUCGCAGACUGGCUGUGGUGGAUCGCUGGAGACUGCCCAAAUCUGCGACAGCCGCCAACCCUCGGGCUGUAAGGGGGGGCAUUCCUGACAUGGGACCCUUUGCUCAAAAAGUCCCGGGAAACUGGGGCUCGUCUGCUGGAGGAGCUGGGGGACUUGAUGCUUAUAAGAGAUACUAUGGUCCCAUUGACCCUGAGGGACUGGGGCCCUGCAUGGAGCAGCAGGCAGGGUCCCAGACCCCCAAGACUCUGCCAAGGGGCCACCCCCAGCCCCCUCCAGCCAGUGUGGCCUUCUACUCAGAGAAGGGCAUGGACCACGGGGUAGGGAAGAGGGCGGUAGGUGGUGGCAGCGGAGGUCAGGGGAAAGUGGCUGUUAAACCUCUCGGAACCCCGAGACUGCCUCCCAAGAGUCAAGCCCCUCUGCCUCCUACACCCCCACUGCCACAGCCCUCCCCCCCUCUCCCCUCAUCCUUCUGGAGAAGGCGAAGGCCCAAGAAGCCCAAAGAACCCGGAGGGCCGCUGUAUGAAAACAUUCUGCCGCUGGGGCGGAGGGUAGAGGCACGAGAUGGAGUGAGGGAGGGAGGAGGAAGGAGGGCACGCCCCCUUUCUCCCCCACUCUCACUUCCUGUGCCAGUACCCCUCAGCCCCUCCUACACCCCUCCCUCGCCUUCGGCGUCCUUGCACUAUACGUCCACGUCAUCAUCAUCCACGACGUCGUCCACGUCCACGUCCUCGUCUGCCUCCUCGUCUCGUUCCAGCUCCCCCACAUACUCGUACAGCUCCUCCAGGAGCACCCGGGACAGAGCCCGAGGCCUCGACGAAGAAGAGGACGACGACGAUGAGGAGCUGACGGAAGAGUCGAGCCUUCUCCUCGGGAGGGGGCGAGAGAGGGAACGCUCGGUCGUUCGGCCCCGCUCGUCCAGCCACGGGCGCCCGCCUCCGCCCGUACCCCCCAGGAAACCACGCGCAUCCUGGGGCGACAGAGAACGUGAACGAGAGAGAGGGGGCAGCCAACUGUCUCAACUUCAAGAGUGGUGGGCGAGCUGGAGUGAGAGAGAAAAGAGCGGAGCCGGGGCAGAUGCUGAGAGGCAAAAACGGGAGAAGAAGAGAAGAAAAGAGAAAGAUAAGAAGAAAAAGAAAAAGAGCAAAAAGAGAAAGAAGAGGGAAGAAAGGGAAAGAGAACGCGAGCGAGAAAGGAAAAGGCGGAAAGUGAAAAAGAAGAAGAAAAAGGCACUCAAGACCAAGAAAAGGAAGAAAUCUACUGGCGGGAAAAGAUCAGAGCCAGAAGACGGCGAUGUAGAGCCAGAAAGGGAAGCAGAGGCGGAAGGAGAGAGGGAAGCGGGAAUACAGGACUACUCUUCCUUCUCUGCCCAGUAUCGGAAUACCUUCGGGGAAAAGCGGCGGGAUUCGUGGGAAGGAGAGCGGGAGAGAGCGGGAAGGGAUGCAGGAGAGGAGGCCAAUGACAGGGAAGGGGAGGACAGUGGGAGAAGUAGAGAAAGGCCAUCCAAAUCAUCCCAUCCUCAUUCCAGACGUCGCACCCCCAGUAAGCGCUACCCUAACCUGAACAAACUCCCAGCCUCGGUCAAAUUUUGGGUGAACGGAAGGGGGCAUGACUCAAAUACUCCCCCCACGUCCCUGCACCCCUUCCUCCCGUCCGGGAAGCGACGAAGAAGUGGAGGCAUAGAUAGGGAUGAGGGCGCUAGGGGAGGAGAGAGGCGUCCCUUAUUGAUGCCUUAUGAAAAGGAGAAGUCGCAGACCAGAGAGGGGCUUUCCCUGCAAGAGUGGGACUCUGAUGAUGAUAAUGAUGAUGACGAUGAUGACGACGAUGAGGAAGAGGAGGACAGGGAAAGAGUUAGGGAAAGGGCAGGCGAGAGGGGGCGGAGGGCCGGUAGGGGAGCGCUGUCUGAAACGGAUAGGUUGGACAGAAGGGCGGAGGACAGUUACUCGGAUGAAGGUUCAUCGGGCGAGUUUGGACGUUUUGAAAGGUACUGGGAGGGAGGCGGGGUCAACAGCUCCGGGGUAGGGGGGAUAGGCGGCGGAGGGUGGUUCUUCGGCACGUACCCCUCCAGAGAGAGGGGAGGCAGCAUCAAUAGUCGGGAUGAUUCGUUGCUUGGAACGCGAGCAGAGGGAUGGAUUGGCACUGAUUUCUGGAGCUCGGGCGCAGGUGUAGGUUGGGAAUCGGGGGGAGGGAGCGGGGGACUGGGCUCACAGUGGCCACCGCCGCCCUCGGCUUUCCCUCCACCGAGGAGAUACUGGUCUAUGGACAAGAUCCCGAUUAAGGGUGAGAAAAAGUGGAAGUCUGGAGGUAGGAAAAGUAAGAGGCAAGCGAGGAACAGAGGGGAGGAAGCUCGAAGGGCCACGAUGUGUUCCUGUAGCCUUUACCCGCAUCCGCAUCCAUACCCGCAUCCGCACAGUCGCUCACACGCCUCUCAUUCCAAAAGGUCACCCGCCUCACUGUCGCAUAGCCAGGAAGAGCUUCUCCCCCAUUGUCACAGUUUCAGCGGGGGCUCGCGACCCAAACCCCUUCCCUCAAAAUCAGAUCCCGGUCAGGCUAAAUCAGGCAGCCAAUCGAACCUCAGCACACAGCCUAGCGAGCUGGCACCUCAACCUCCGCCGUCACCACCUCAGCAGCCAUCUCUGUCUCCCACUAGCCUCCCGAUGCCUAUCCCGCCUCCGCCCUCCUCAUCUUCGGUCCCGCCUCCGGCCGGGGUGGGGAUGGCCGGCCCGAGCCAGAUUCAGGCUUCGGCCAGUGCCAAACUCCAGUACCAGAGACUCCGUUCUGUGCCACAGCCACGAAGGUUCUACUCACCUCACCUGCCACUUAAAGCCAAGAGUCUGUGCUCGCGUCGAGGGUCAGCUCACUUCUCCAGUCUGGAGAGCGAGGUAUGACAGGGGGAGACGAGAGAGGGAGACGAAGCAGCGAGAGCCUCUAUCCUAGAGCGCCGUGGUGCCGCAGUAGCCGGAUCCGGAGACGUGGCCGCCUUGGUAACCAUCGCUAAUCGGCUGGCGGCCUUCACAGCGGGAACAAACGUGAACGGCGGUCCCGCCGCCGCCCCCAUUGCUCUGCAUGAGAGCGCCGCCGCCGCCACCCGCUCCCUUGUACACGUUUUCGUAAGGGCAACGGUGAGACGCCACACCAGGUUAAGCUACACCCUCUCGGAUGGACCCCGCGACCACCGGAGUGAAGUCGAGGCCGCGUCGGCGGGGAGAACAGCUCCAGAACUACUCCUUCGCUCCGAGUUGAGCUUUGUGAUGUCAUCCGUUCUCCUGCCCUCACCGGGUCACCGCUAUGGAUAAGUCGAAGUCUCCAACCCGUGAGUAAUGAUGUCAUAUUUGUACACACGCGCAAAACGUCUCCCUCCCUCUGGCUGAGCUCAAUUUGGUGGGUUCGAGGGGUCACACGCCCUCCCUUGUGGCGUUUUUCAACACAAAUGCCGGACUGCUUCCAAAAGGUGAAGAGAUGGGCCCCUCUUGUUUGUAAAUCAGUUGAAAAGCAAUCCUCUCCCCUCUCUCGUGAGCCCGACCGUCACCUUUCACGGGGCAGUGAGGACAAUGCGACUUAUGCACUCUUUGACCUUGCAACACCAUCAGACCCAUCUAGCUCUACCCCUCCCCUCCCCCCUCCUCUCUGUGAUGUCACAUUUUAUUAGAAACCAGUGGGGUCGACCGUACAGGAUCCAUUCUUCCUUGUCGGAGUUGUGGCUCCAACCAGAACUGAGAGUAUUUGAACAAAAAAAAAUAUUUAAAAGGGAAAGAAGAACAAAAAAAAGACAUGUAGCAUCGUCUUUAUUUUCUUGACACUGUCUUUGAUCUCCAACCUUGUUUUAUGUUCUGAAUAUAUUCCUCUCACUUGGUUCAUAUUUUGAGAAAGAUGAGGCUGGAUGUGGCUCGUGUUGGACGUGGGAAAGAUGCAAUUGUGCCAAAUAUCCCCACGAUUGCUUUUAGGUGCUUUUUACAUGAUUUAUUGUCACGGUGAACGUGCUCCGUUAUUGUCCCACAGCACACACCAUCCUAUAAUCGGAUCAAGGGGAUGAUUGGUGCAGUAUUUGUAAUUGGCACUAGAUAGCUGCAUAAUAUUCAAGUAAGCUUUGGAGACAAUUGUGGAAUUAUUUGAAUUUACAUAAUAGACGGCGCCGCCGCUUAUUGUUUUUACCAAAGUGGCCAUUGGCAAGAUGAAGAACGGAAAAGUGCUUUAAAAAAUAAUUUUAAAAAAAACAAAAAAACAAAAACAGCAACUCUGUUAUCCAGCCAGCUUUUGGAGAUUGUUUACAUGAAGCACAAGUAUUUUUCAGGCAAUUGCGCAACAGGUCGUUAUUUGCCGGCACGUUUAGAAGAAUCACCUGUUUUUAAUGAGCGCAAUUUAUUACGACUAAGGAUCCAAUUAGAACGCUCGUUUCUUUUUUUUUUUUUUUAUCUCUUUGGGUUCAGCUUCUGUUUGGCAAAUUAGGCUGAAAGAUUUUCUGCGAACGGUUUGUGGCACGCAUUCAGUGGGUAAUAACUCGAAUUAUGUAAGACGGUCUGAUUGAGCAAUAUUCCAACCUUCGAUGUGACUGACGGGGGAUGCCGCAGCUGAAACUUUCAUCGUAUUUCAAACGAAGCAUUUUUAUCAGCCGGGCUCAGACAUUGCGAAUGUGUGAUUUACUUUGGAUGGGUCCGCUCCAAUUCGGUUGGGUGUGAUUUUGAACGAAGCCGGCUUCGAUCGAGCGACACGCCUCGGAAAUGUUUUUGUGUAAGCGGUGCCAGUUGUUGCUGGGGCAUUUGACAGAUUCCAUUUGCUCCACCGAAUCUCUCACACUAAGACCAGCCACAGCCCAGCUCUUCUUCUACUGUAGUUGAAUGUAGCGUUGUCACGAUGUAGCAAAAGGACACCCACUUUUAGACUUUGUAGCUUUUUGGAUGCUGUUGAUAAAGGCUGGAGGGGGCGGGGGGGGACUUGCGGUAUGAGGGACUGUGUGUUAUAUUUGUGCAUGUUGUCACAGAUCAAAGGCUUAGUCGACCAUCUCAAUCCUCCCUUGCGAAAAUAUCUUUUUGCUUUUUUUCUACGACUGCGUGGGGGAAUUUCAAGACAAAAAUGUCAAUCUAUCACCGUACCAGAAAAGCUCCUUUUGCUAUUCUCACUCAAGCCCCGCCCCCUAAGAAUCAGUGCAUGUUGAACUGAAUUAAAUUUCCAAGAUUUGUGUUGAGAGAGCCGUGUUGUUGGAUUCGGAGCAAAAGGAAGGCCUGCAAUGAAUGACAUCGAGCGGUAUUGAUUUCAAAUGAGGCGCUAAUUCUAAAGUCUGUGACUGCAUGAACAGAAGUGUCUCUUCAAAUAUUUUGCUCCUUUUUGAAAAGAUUUUUUCUUUCAUGCUGAGGAGAAGGAAAAAAAAUAUAUGAAAAUAUACUGUUUUUGAGAAUGUACCAUGUUAUACUGUGAUUUAACUGAGAUAUUUUAUUGUAUUCAGAUCAUUUGAAUUCUAUUAUUUAUCAAGAAAUAUAUAUGUACAAAUAAAUAUAUACAUAUAUAUAUAUACAGACAGACACAGGUAUGUAUAUUAGUUAAGUUUGGUAUAUUUGGAGGAAGUGUUAGAUGAACUAGUUUUAAAUGUUUUAGCUUUGUAGCAAAACUAGAACCUGAAAUCAUUUUUGAAUUUUGAUUCCUCCUAUAUGACUGUGAAGACUUUAGUGCCUGUGACAAAAAAGACAAGUAAAAGUCUCAACUCGCUUUUCAUCUGUAUCUACCACAGCUAAUUGCUCUGUCACUCCUCUCGUACUACCUAGAAUUACUUUCCGAUGCCCCCCUCCCCUCCCCUCCCUCCCACAUCACUAUGUUCCUUGGCACAGUCUGCGGUCUCUUUUGCUAGCUCGCCUCCUGUUUUAUUUGCAAGCCAUGGACAUUCUACGCUCGUUUGGGUUCCGGCAGAAAGCAAUUUCUUUAGUUCCACGAGCGACUUGCCUUUGUUUUCUGAGCGUCACUCCAUCUCUCACUUAGCAAAAACAGAGACCAGUAGAUACUGUGUUCUUGCUCCUUUUGACUGAUCGUUGACCGAUGAUCAAUUCGUUGCUCUUAUGGGAAAAACCUUUGAACAUUGUUCCCACGAAUGAUGUGACUCGAGUGUGUGUAUCCGACGACCACGCCACUGUAGCAAGUCUGGGCUGUUAACCACACCACCAGCGAGCGAAGGAGGCCGCAGUUGCUAUGGCGUUGCCAUGGCAUUUUCAUGGCGUUGCCAUGGUGUCCUCUGCACCGCCACCACCUGGUGCCUGCUGGGUAAUAUAGCAUCAAGUCCUUUAACGCCCCCCCCCAAAGCGCUGAUCAAAGAUCCCGCUCGACUCAGUCCCGGAAAAAAAAUAGUAAAAGCUAGGUAGCUCGCGCUAAUUUGUCUGCCGCCUCGGCGGGUCUGAUCUGGACUGGACCGGUGACGAUGAUAAAUGUUUCUAUUAUCCUUAUCUUGUAAUCCUUCCAUCUUCCGUGUGUUGCAUAUCAUGGAUAGCACGCGAGUGUGUGUCUAACCCGACGUUGCAUGUGCUCCAAUGUGUUGCGAAGGCCUUCGGCAGCUUGCUUCUGCUUUCGCUUGCUGUGUGAAAGGCAUACAAACGCUUUGCCCCGGCAUGCAUAUUUAACGGCCGAUGCAGCUCGCGCUCAGCCAAUACCGUCCAAAGCCUCGCCUCCGGUGCUCUGAUCAGGGCUUUCAUAAUUUAGGAGGCAAUAAACCUGCGCCCCGGUCGGCUGAGACAAUGUCUUUGACGACUUGCCCGGGAGAUUUUUAUUUUUUUUGUCUCCGGAGGUUGAACGACAUCUGUUCUGCUUGUUUGUUGCGCUGUCUGUCGCUCGUGUUUGCGCUCGGCCCAGCUCGGCGCCAUCAGUCACUUUCCGUUUUGGCACGUCCUCUUCAAUUUGGAUUACUUGACUUGACUCGCUCCACUUUUGAUUUAGCCCGUCGUCCUAAUUUAUCAGAUUCACCGUCCAGUCCGGCCCCGGCGCAUUAGGCCCGUCAACCGCCUGAAAGCGCAACCCUUCAACGCCUCGGCUAUCUUUCGGCCCGCGACCUGGGAAGCGAUACGAGUGGUGCUCCGGAAUUCAAACAGGGUCCUCAUUGGCUGAAUCGGCCGUGAAUUAUAUCAAGGAAAUCAUCGGAGUGCCACUGGUACUACUCGGCAGGUCCAGGGUGUUGGGCCAUCUCCCCAGUUUCUCUUUACCCACAGAAACCAGCGUGUGUGCGUGUGUGUAUGCGUUUUCAGCAAUGUACAAAGUUCUGCUCUGGUAACCUCUCGAACACCGAAGGCCUACUUACGGGUUGCUAAGGCAGGUUUCUAGUCGAGUGAUGAUGUUGCUCGGAGCCCAGACUGCUCUGGUCUGUGCCCUAAUUCAAAUGUGUUGGUUUAUUUGACAUUGUCUUUCCGGGGUGGGGCUGGAGGGUCAGUGCUGCACUUACUUCUUGAGAAUUGCUUCAUAAAAUAUGAUUCUCUUUCAUUCUU